UCAGCGUGCGCCUUGGUUCUACAUACCAUCUACGCCGCCACCUUCUCGAUCGAUUUUGCAGCAUAUUUAAACGUAGCAUCUGGUCAUCUAGGUGCAUUUGUUCUAGCAGACACUGUUCCACGAUCGCCAUUGUUGUUGCUUUGUUCCUUGUUACUGAAAGGAAAGUAAAAACGCCUACCGGAAAUGGCCCAACAAAUGCAGAGGAAACUCCACCGUGAUGCCCUAGCCAAUAUCAGCCGUAGCGACACCGCCGAUUUGGGAGUACAUUUUCAAAACUGCGCGCGUGGGUUGCGCCCGAGAAGCCAAAGAGGCGUGGCCUAGUCUGCUAUGUUAGUAUGCUAACCAUACUUGUGGUUGUUCCUGUUGACACUUAGCAUCAGAAGCUAACAGUCAGCUAGCUGAGUGUCCGUCGUCACGCGUCCUUGCCGCAGUAAAUCCGUCACACCUACCGAGAAGCCAAAGAGGCGUGGCCUAAUCUGCUAUGUUAGUAUGCUAACCAUAGUUGUGGUUGUUCCUGUUGACACUUAGCAUCAGAAGCUAACAGUCAGCUAGCUGAGUGUCCGUCGUCACGCGUCCUUGCCGCAGUAGGAUGCGUCCAUCAUGUCUCUCCAGGACAUGCUACAGGAUCGCAUAGGCAUGGCCAAGGCCUUGUGUCAGCGUGCUGAGCAAAUUGAUCCCGCCGUGGAAGGACGCGGAAAACUGUGCGGCAAACUCCGCGCCGAGCUGCGCUUCCUGCGCCGCGUGGAAGGCGGCCAGCUGCCCUUCAAAGAGUGCCACCUGCACAGCACCAACCUGACCCACCUGACCGCCGUGCUGGAGUCGGCCGAGAGCCUGGAGGGAGUGGUUGCCGUGCUGCACGUUGUCUCCUACCAGGACGUCGCCGGCCACAAGCAGACGCUGGUAGUGGAUGUGGUGGCCAACGGCGGGCACACGUGGGUCAAGGCGGUGGGCAGGAAGGCCGAGGCCCUGCACAACAUCUGGCAGGGGCGCGGCCAGUACGGCGCCAAGAGCCUCGUACGGCAGGCCGAGGACUUUGUGCUCGCCAGCCGCCAGCGGCCCGUCCAGUACGUCCACCCGCACGUAGUCUUUGCCUUCUACAACGGCGUGUCCAGCCCAAUGGCGCGACGCCUGGAGGAAAUGGGCGUUGCCGUCCGCGGGGACAUCGUGGCUGUCAACGCUGUGCCGGCAGGGGACGGCGGCGAGGAAGAGGAGGGAGACGAGGAUGACGAGGGGGAGGAGGAGCCCGAGCCAACCCGCGUGGACCGCAACACGGUGCUGGCCAGGCUGGCGUUCCCCGCGCAGGUCCGCGCCGAGGAGUGUGGCCGCGUCAACCUGGACAUCACCACGCUCAUCGCGUACGUGUCGUCGCUGAGCCACGGCCGCUGCCACCUGGCCUUCCGUGAGCCCGUCCUGACCGAGCAGGCGGCUCAGGAGCGCCGCCAGCAGGUGCUGCCGCUCCUGGAUGCCUUCAUGGCAGACAAGGAGCUGUAUGCCUGCCGGGCCGCCGUCUGUGACUUUCAGCUCAUCCUGGAUACGCUGGGCGGGCCCGACGAGAAGGAGCGUGCCCGCCAGCUACUGGCCCGCCUGCGCCUGGUAGACGACCGGCCGUCAGAGCGAGCCCUGGCGCUUGCGCCCAGCGCCAAAGUCAACCGCCGCUCGCUCUUGAUCUUCGGCACCGGCGACUCGCUGCAGGCCAUCACCAUGACGGCCAACAGCCGCUUCGUCAGGGCGGCGGCCAAUCAGGGCGUCCGAUUCAGCGUCUUCGUGCACCAGCCGCGAGCGCUCACAGAGGGGAAAGAGUGGAGGGCCACGCCUGUCCAAAGUUAAACGUUUAUUUUCACCGCAUACGGGAACAUUUUCAGUUGUUUUUUCUGCACAAAUAAAGCAUCCGAGGCACUUCC